AUGGUGCUACAGUGCUUGCCCUGUGUUGCCACCCAAUGUAAAACUGUGGGGAAACAUCCUGACACUGAAUCUUUGUGGAAACAUCCUGACACUGACUCUUUGUGGAAUGCUAUCGACAUAACCACACAUGCUAGGAUUGCAUAUCUUCGCAGAGAAGCGGCUCGCUUCAUGCGGGUUGGCAAAGGGUCUAGUUCCAUUUGGGCUUGCAUAGAUUGCCAAUUGGCUGACCUUUGUUGGGAAGGUGUGAAGUAUACUUCGGCGUUUUAUAACUUGGUAUACAAGUAUGAUAGACAAACCUUUGACAGGCAAAACUACUUUGAUGAGCUCAAAGUAACCAAUACCUUUCAUUUACCCUCUGUCAAAGAAAUUCGCGCGGCCAUGGCCGCAGGGGCUGAAACCAUUGAAGAAAGUACCAAACAAGAUUUUCGCAUGAGUGGUUAA